GAACCCAAUUUGAAUAAUUGACGUAUCGAAAAAUUCACGUAUAGAGACGUUUUAAAAGUUGAGUAAUAACCGAACAUAGUUGAUGCAUAAAAGUUACGUUUACUUUUUAAAUAGGUGGUGUUGGACCGUUCAUGUUCGGUCAGGUAUUUUAUAAUUCAUCUUUUCAGUUAUUAUCUACUUAUUCGUGAUCGAAACUUGGUUGAUCAGAGAGUAGUCAUAGUCACGAAAGUAGUGAUAUUGAACUCUCUACGUUUUCUAGUGUGUACAGUUAGGUUUGAUUUGCUCUCUGAUUUCUAACAACUAUUCUGCGAAAAUUUCUGACAUGUUAAUCGAGACCCGAAACGAAUUAUUGAAAUAAAAUAAUACAAAUGCAUCAUGGCUGAUUCAUCUUACGAAAAAGGGCUCACGGAACUUUCAAAAAUGAAGGUUGCAGACUUGAAAAUUGAAUUAAAACAAAGAGGUCUUCCUACAACUGGUAACAAAAAUGAGCUGGUGGAGAGGCUUCAGCUAGCAAUACAUGGUGAUUCUGCAUUAUCUUUGGACGAAACGGCAGAAGAAAUUUUAGACGAAGAUGCUGUUCUUGGCGAUGAAGAAAUAGAAGAGCUAUCCAGUAAACCAGAUUCGCAAGAAGCAAAUGAAAAAAGAAAAUUAUCUACAGAGAGUAAUAUGAGUGCAAAAAAGAUAGUUCUAAAUCGUAAACCAGUGAUCGAAGAAAUUAAAAAUGACCUGAUAGAAAAAAUUGAAACCGAUACAAAACCGACCGAAACGGCACCACCGGAAAGAAAAAUUAUUAAAUUAUCAGAGCUUGGUAUCAAAGAGAGACUAGAAAUGAGGGCCAAGAAAUUUGGAUUACCGCUAUCGGAGGCUGCUAGAAAGGAAGUUAGAUCCGCAAGAUUCAGUAUUAAUAAUCAAAACAACAAGUCGGCUGCUUCUGUAAAAACACCUGUGCAUACUACGUACGAUGUUUUAAAGAAACGGGCAGAAAGAUUCGGCACAUCUGUUUCUAAUUUAAUGGAAAAGGCCGAAUUGGAAGCCAGAAUAGAAAAAAGGAAAGCCAGAUUUGGUGAAGUGAAACCUUCUACUGAGAAAGUAUUUCACAAUAAAGUUAAAAUUGUUAAAUGAUAUUCAGUGUUAUAUACCAAAACAGCAACCUAGAUUGCAAAACUUAUUCAAAGUUUUCUUAUUUUCAUUACAAUCAUUGUAUACAUAAUAAAAGAUCAUCGUAUUUGUUAUAAAAUACUUUGCACAAUGGAUCCAAGAUUUUUUUUCAGUGUAACAUUAUGCUGAAUGUCUGU